AUGAAGUUUUGGAAGAUUCUGAGGAAAUUGCUCGAUGAAAUGUUCCCCAAUUGGCAGGACAAGUUCAUAUCAUACAAAGAUUUGAAGAAGGAGCUCAAUUCCAUCUCUCCCAUGGAGGAAUCUGCGAGGUGUGUUGUGGAUGACGGCGGCGAGAGGCCGACCAAGAUGCGCAGAUUGUUGGGAGAUGAUCAGUCGGGCGAAGGGAACGUGACCAAGGAAAUGAAAGAUUUCGUUAAGCUUUUGGAAGCAGAGAUUAAGAAAUUUAAUGGCUUCUUCAUGGAUCAAGAGGAAGAGUAUAUCAUCAAAUUAAAGUUGCUGAGGGAUGAUAUUGCUGAGGCUGAUAAUUCGAAAGAACAGCUGAUGAAAGUAGGAAGGAAACUCGUAGAUUUUCACGGGGAGAUGAUCUUGUUGGAGAAUUACAGUGCUCUUAACUAUACAGGUCUACUGAAGAUUUUAAAGAAGUAUGAUAAGAAAAGUGGCGACCUGAUUCGACUGCCUUUCAUCCAGAAGGUUCUGCACGAGCCAUUCUUCAGGACCGAGGUUCUGAACAAACUAGUAAAGGAGUGUGAGAUGAUGAUCAAUCGCAUCUUCUCACGGCACGAGCAGUUGGGCCCAAGAGAAAACAAUUACAGUGACCAGCCAGUGGAGAAGGAUGCUCAAAAACUCAGAGUUCCAGAUGAGCUUUCAGAAAUUGAAUGCAUGGAGAACAUGUAUUUAAGACUAACGGUUUCGGCCUUGAGGACUCUCAAGGAACUUAGAAAGGGAAGCUCCACCGUUAGCAUGUUCUCUUUGCCGCCAGUGCAAGGCACUGAGUUUGAUGAUUUUGGGAAGUUUAGUCCGGUCGUAAACCAAGUAGCUCGUUUUUCUGCAACCUCUAUUUUCGGACCUUAUCCUCGGCAUCUCUAUCGUAUUCAAGAGGUAAAAAUGGGAGACGCUAAUAAAGAGAACGAUGCAUAUGAGGAGGAGCUUUUGGACUACGAGGAGGAAGAGGAAAAAGCCCCAGAUUCCGUCAACACUAAAGCCAACGGCGAGUCCGUUAAGAAGGGAUAUGUAGGGAUUCACAGCUCUGGAUUCAGGGAUUUCCUGUUGAAGCCAGAACUCUUGAGGGCUAUUGUUGAUUCAGGGUUUGAACAUCCAUCAGAAGGCAAGAUACUCCAUCUGUUUUAUAUUCAACACGAGUGCAUUCCUCAAGCAAUUCUUGGGAUGGAUGUAAUUUGCCAAGCCAAGUCUGGUAUGGGGAAAACUGCUGUGUUUGUUCUUUCGACUUUGCAGCAGAUUGAACCCGUUUCAGGUCAAGUUGCGGCACUUGUUCUGUGCCAUACUAGGGAACUGGCUUAUCAGAUAUGUCACGAAUUCCAGCGAUUCAGCACUUAUCUUACUGAUGUCAAGGUUGCUGUUUUUUAUGGUGGUGUCAACAUCAAAAUCCAUAAAGAUCUUCUGAAGAAUGAAUGCCCACACAUUGUUGUGGGAACCCCAGGAAGGAUACUUGCUCUAGCUAGAGACAAGGAACUUUCCUUAAGAAAUGUGAGACAUUUCAUUCUGGAUGAAUGCGACAAGAUGCUCGAGUCUCUUGAUAUGAGGAGAGACGUGCAGGAGAUUUUCAAAAUGACACCUCAUGAAAAGCAGGUUAUGAUGUUUUCGGCUACUCUCAGCAAGGAAAUUCGACCCGUCUGCAAGAAAUUCAUGCAAGAUCCUAUGGAGAUAUACGUGGACGACGAGGCAAAGUUGACCCUUCAUGGUCUUGUACAGCACUAUAUCAAACUGAGUGAGCUGGAGAAAAAUCGCAAGCUGAAUGAUCUGCUUGAUGCACUGGACUUCAACCAAGUUGUCAUCUUUGUCAAAAGUGUCAGCAGAGCUUCCGAGCUGAACAAGUUGCUUGUGGAGUGCAAUUUUCCAUCCAUUUGCAUUCACUCUGGAAUGUCCCAAGAAGAAAGAUUGACGCGGUACAAGGGGUUCAAGGAGGGGCAUAAGAGGAUUCUUGUGGCAACAGAUUUGGUUGGAAGAGGAAUUGACAUAGAACGAGUGAACAUCGUGAUUAACUAUGAUAUGCCAGAUUCUGCAGACACAUACCUGCACCGAGUGGGCAGAGCUGGGAGAUUCGGCACCAAGGGACUUGCCAUCACAUUUGUUUCUUCUGCUUCUGAUUCGGAUGUCCUCAAUCAGGUCCAGGAGAGGUUUGAAGUUGAUAUUAAAGAACUUCCCGAGCAGAUUGACACGUCUACAUACAUGCCAUCUUAG